CAUCCAUGCGUCUUUACGCACGGGAUUUUCUCUUUUAUAAUUUAUGGUGUGACGCCAGAAAGACGUUUAUUGAUCAGUAUAGACAGGCCCAGUGACAGAGAAACGAUAUUAACCCGUCACACAUCACAUCUGCUUGACGUUAAAGAGUCCCCGACCGUCUCCAAACGCGUAAAGGAACGCAGAUCAAUCCUAUUGGCCGGAAAUAUGAAUCAUCUAGUGGGGGAAUGACGACCGAGAUCACGACUGAGGGCUCUAUAUAAACUCCAAAGGUGUAGACCACUCAGUCAAAAAGCUACGAGACAUCACUUCAUAACACACGUUUAAGUCAAAUGCGCGUAAUGGAGAGGUCCGUCAGAUCAGUGCUGGUGUACGUGGCUGUUUCCAUCCUCGUCUCCUGCCAACCUACAGACGCCUGGUACAAGCAGUCGACCGGUCCGAGCUAUUAUUCCGUCGGCAGAGCCUCGGGUUUGCUGUCCGGGAUCCGGAGAUCGCCGUAUGUGCGCAGAUCCGAGACAGAAUCAGCGCUGGACAGCAGCGAGACCCCCGGCGUCUCCAACAACGUGAUUCCCGACUUUAGCAGCAGACAAACUCCAGUCCUUAAAAACAUGGCCAUUUGCGUAAAGGACAUUUCUCCGAACCUGCAAAGCUGUGAGUUGGUUCAGGACGGUUCGAGCACGUUUCGGUGCAAAGCAGACGUUUUCCUCUCCCUCGAUUCACUGGACUGCUUCAGCUCCUGAACAUAAGGCAUCUCUCUCCCACCCCAACCCAAAGUCUCUUCCAUUUCAGGAGUAUUUACAGCCAAGGCAGUGAGGCGUACUGUUGACAUUGAAUGUUUACUUGAUUUACACCAGGGAUGUUAAGUCCUGAUUAUGGAGAUCUACUUUAGUGCAAAAUAAAGUUCCAAACCUGGGUUAAUAUUGUAGCGACGCGCUGAUAGGUUUUAAAAAUACUGACGAAUUUUUUUUUUUUUUUUUCAAUAGCCGAUAUUAUAAAUCGAUACGGCUUUGGUACCUUAAAGCGGUUCACUAAAGCUCCAUUUCAGAAUUGUAUAAUGCUUUGUGAAAUCAUAAUGAGAAAGUAUAAUGUACAAUAGAACAUGGGGAUAACGGUUUAGUUUAAAAGUUUAGUUUUUGUUUGAAUUUGGAAAUUUCCGUUCUAUAGUAUCGGCGUAAUCGUACCGACACCGGUUAAAAAAACCGCGAAUAUUGUCAAAUACCGAUUAAGUGAUUCACGCAAUUCAGGCAAGCGACUCUAUAAAACUAAAACGCACCAGUUAAAAUGAAUGAAGCUGUUUCUCUGCAAGGGAGCCAAGUCCUCAUCAAGUCCAAUUCAAAUCAAGGCAUUCAGGGGCAUAGAUUCCAGGGGGGAUGGGGGUGAGGUAACCCCUUCAAAAAUCAAAAUAAUCAAGUGCAACCCCCCCCCCCCCCCCCCAUAUUUAUACCAUGAUCAAUGGAAACAUGUAAAUGCUUUGCAUGCAACCCCCUCAAAUUCAAGCUAAUCUAUGCCCUUGACCACAUUGCUUUCAGCAUAGACAUGUUUUUUAUGACGUUAUUUAUUGGUUUCGGGUGUGUUGGAUUAGCCUAUGAGCUAAAU